GUUUACUAAAGUCGAUGGAACAUGCACAACAACACCAACAACUACAGCAACUGCAAGAACAGCAACACCGCUCUAGCCAACAAAAAGGGCAUAUGUCACAUGAACAAGUGAAACGAUUUCCCUUUGACACACUCAACUCUGGCAGCGCCGAUGUCGGUAUCGAAAACAUGCAACUAUCCGAAAUGUCGCCGGUCGAUUUCGCGCGCGUCGAACGUGAGCUCUUCCUACAGAGCGCCAUUGACGAGACCUCACUGGGCGCCGCCGACGAUGUGGAGCUGCCGUUGGAGCCGCUUAGCAUGGAGCAGCAUGCCGAUUUAAUGGAGCAUGCAAUCGAUUACAAGCAACAACACCAGCCGACAGCCAUGUGGUUGCAACAGCAUGGCAGCAGUGGCGGUGAAGGCAAAAAGACCGGCAGCGUCUUCUUAAAAUUCCAUCAUCCACAUCAGCAGCAGCAGCACCAACAGCAGAAACACCAGCAGCAGCAUCAUCUGAGUGGCGACACCGCCAAUUCGGUUACACUCGCCCCGCCGCCAAUGCCUGUAGCGUCGCCACUGCGCCAUUGUGCUUUGGAAGUCUGCACCAAACUGAGAGGUGUUUGCCAGCCAAUGCCUACCAUCGGCACUGCUUGUGUGGCUGGGGACAACAUAGAGGUCUUCCAUCAGGAUUGCAUGUAAAGUGGCCGCUGAGUGGAGCAGUUUACAACGAUUACAGCUGUUUUGCUGUUCCUCCUUGCAUUUGCCCUCAGUUAUUGAGACCCCGUUUGAUUACAUACCCUCUAC